AUGUCAAAGGCGUUGGCGUCUGCGUCGCGCCUUAAACCACAAAUACGACUCUCUCAGGCGAUUGCGGAGUUUCAAGCCGACUUGUCUAUUGAUCAAAAGGCGGAAUUCGAUAAUCAUACGGCGCGCGCGUGCAGAGCCCCUCCUUCUACGAACGAUGUUAUGUAUCUUACCGCAGAGAUUGAUCAGCAGCUUUCGAGAAAACACCGUCGAUGUCUGGGCACUCGGACAACAAGCUUUCUGCAAUCCGUUCAACAAUUUGCGGGUCUUGGAGAUAUACUGGUGGGAGGCUCACAGAAUUUGAUCGCAUGUGGUGUUUGGACUCUGGUGCGGAUGUCGCUGCUAUUUACAAAGAAGUCUGCCUUUGGAAAAUUGGGAUCAACACUGAAUGACCCAGAGCUACCGGAAUAUCAGUCGCAGUUGGAGACAUGGGCCGAAGAAAUCAAGGGCGAGGUCAACUAUCUCAUGGCUCAAAGAAUCGAGGAACAGGCUGAUGUACACACGAGGAUAUUGUCAACGAAAUCGCGAAAGUCAAACUCUUAUCAACGUCGAAUGAGAGAAUACCUCCGUGCUCUUAAGUUUUGCUCUACUUAUGAUCAUAUCACACCAUGGAAGCAAGCCCGAAAGUCAGGACAUACGACCUUGUUUUGCCAGUGUCCGGAAUUCAUGAGAUGGAAAGACCUUGAUACCUCAGGCACCCUCAUAUUAACUGGUCCUCUCGGAUCAGGCAAGUCUGUCUUAAUGGCAAACAUGGUGGAUUACCUCAAUCUACAAUCUCCCAAGACCAUUCCCGUUAUAUUCUUCUUUUCCCGCCAUGAUCUGCCUGAAAGCCUACUACGACGGGUUGUACUUGGCUCAUUAACCCGACAACUCUUGGAGCAAGGGCCAGUUUCGGCCCAAAAGUUGGAAGAUUGGGAUCUGGCAAACCUCGAUGAGUGGGAGACGAUGCGUCGCAUGUUGAAUUUAAGCCUCCCUUCUGACUUCAAAGCUUUCCUGGUCAUUGAUGGUCUCGAUGAAUGUACGUCUGAAGACCGGAGGAACCUGAUCGAAGACAUGCGAUAUUUGCAGGACAGUUUCUCGGUAUCGAUUUGUGUGACCCUUCGCCAGACACCGAGAUACCCUCUCUCUAUCAACUGGGGGUGGAACAAGUUGGCAUCGGUUGUUGUUGCAUCCGUUCCCAACAACGCGGCCGAUAUCGAGACAUUCAUCGCAGAAGAACUCGAAGCUCGCAUCGAGUCCGGAAGCUUGACUGUAGGAGACCCGGCUAUUAUUCUUGAAAUCGAAGACAAAUUACUGGAAGGCUCACAAGGGAUGUUCCUUUGGGUCGCUCUCCAGAUUGACAGCUUAUGCUUUAUGGACACCGAUGAGGCAAUCCGCUUAGCAUUGGCAGACCUGCCUCCUGACCUGUCCACCACGUUCUCUCGUGUUCUCAAUGAGGCAGAUGAUAUGCGCCGCCCAAGCUUCAAGUACCGGAAGACCAUUUUCGAAUUUGUUGCAGUGGCUCACCAUCCGUUGACCCUCGAUGAAUUGCGCGAAGCGUUAAGUGUAACCCCUGGGGACACGACUUGGAACUCCUCACGGCUUCCCAAUAGUAUUCUCGAUACUCUGGCCUGCUGUGGAAGCCUUCUGAUGGUAGAUGAAGAAGGGAUGACCGUGAGAUUCGUACACAGCAGUGUCAAGCAGUUUUUGAUCGAUCCUGGUACUCGGACAGACUGGACAUUGACUGUCGAUAUGGCGCACAGGCACAUGGCAGAUGUGAUUAUCACAUACCUGAACUAUGGUGUCUUUGAAAAGCAACUCGUUAAGCGUCCCGAACCGCUCAACUUGAGAGUUGGAUUGGCACCAUCUACGAUAAUUCAGUCGAGUCUUGGGUUCUCAGGCACGGCUAAGGACAUCGCAGUGAAACUUCUCAGGACCAGGAAGAAGCCCGGUUUUGACAUGGGUAAAGUUCUGGGAGAAAUGAACCUUUUACCUCAAAAGGAGACCGGGCAUCAUUUCCGGUUCCUCUCCUACGCGAUGGAGCAAUGUCUCUUCCACGUCAGCCAUACCGCAAAAGGUCCACUGCUCAAGGACUUGCUGCUCCGAUUGCUCCAUCGCAAAAAAUUGAAUCUUGAAGUUGGUGUUGCUGGGCCAAAUUUGCUGUUUUGGGCUGCUGAAUAUAACCACGAAGAAACCUUGAAGGUCUCAUGUCAGUAUACUGGUAUAGAUUUGAACAUACUCGACGAAAAUGGCCGGACACCAUUGCACGUGGCAGCAAUGUUUGGGAAUGAGAUUGCCGUCAAGCAGCUACUUAGUUAUCCUACCGUGGACAAGAACGUCAAGGACGACAAAGGCUGGACACCAUUGAUCACUGCGAUUCAUUUUGCGCCCGAAUCGGUCUGUGAAGCGCUGAUUGAAUGCGAGCAGGUUUCCACCAAUGAGCCUAAUUCUCAGACGGGCCAAACUCCCUUACACAGUGCCGUAUUGCACUCUGGGACUGCAGGGAUUGUGGAAAUGCUUCUUCGGCGAUAUAAGACUAAUCCUAACAUACACGAUCCGAAUAAGUUGACAGCCCUCCAAAGAGCCUUUGAAGUCCAGAACAGGAAGGUAGUACAAGUGAUGCUCAAAUCGAAUCGAGUGAAUGUUAAUCUAGACGACUGGGAACAUAGUAGUUACAUGUAUCCUAUCCUCCAGACGGCGUCAUUUGGCAAUGUGGUAGAUAUCGACCCCAACACCCCUCUUCACAAUGCUAUAAACCAGAAAGAUGAUACGAUGAUCGCCAUUAUUUUGAAGUCUCGGAGGGUUGACGUGGAUGACCGAGAUCACAACGGAGACACGCCAUUACACCGAGCAGUCUAUCAUGGAUCCGAAAAACUUGCCUGUGAACUCCUAGAGCUUGGAGUGGAUUUCAGAAUCGAAAAUUCGAGCGGAAGCAUAGCUUUGCAUACGGCAGCGGCUAACGGCCUUGUCAACCUGGUCCGCCGCAUUCUUGAACACGAAGACCUUGACCCUAAUCACCAGAACAGAAAUGGCGUUACACCUCUUCAUCUUGCGUUUAGGCAUAACCAACACACUGUUGCCAGGAUCCUACUUGCCUCUGGAAAGGUGGACCCUAAUGUGACCGACUCCGACGGCCGGAUGCCGCUCGAGUACAGUGCCCUGCGACUAUCGACCCAGAUAAUCAGACUACUUUUCGAUUCAGAGGAAAUUCGCCCAAUGAGGCAAGAUCUUAGUUUGGAUUGGACGAAUUACGAUGGUCAGAGUCUGCUCCAGAGAAUCAUUGCAUGUAGACCGAAACCAGAGACCUUGGAUCUACUCCUGACAAUAUCCGACUUCGAUGCUACCUAUACCGAUAACGAAGGCCGGACAGCGCUGCACUCAGCGGUGGUAUAUGGGGCUGGAAUUCAACUCUUGCUUGACACUGAGAAAUUCGAUUAUGCCCUGCGGUGGAAAGAUCAGAAUGGGCUUACUCCUCAAGAUCUGGCGGAGAAAUUGGGCAAUCGGCGAGCAAUUCAGGCUGUGUCGACAAGCAAAAGUGCCAUGAGGGCAUACGAAAGACUGGGCCCUCAGAAGAGGACGGGUUGA